AGCAGACAGCCGGAAGUGUCGGCUUUACAUGGCGCCCUUCUUCAAAACACAGCAAAAGGUUCAUUUUUGUAGUUUUGCAUAGACGUCGCCAUUAAAACUCAUGAAGAGGAAUAAGAACAAGAUCGUUUAAAGUUGUACGCACCGCAGCCAUGCCUCUGUCCACCCAGUCCCAAGCCGACGAGGGGCAGUACACUCUGGUGGCCAGUCUGGAUAACGCCCGCAAUCUGUCCAACAUACUGAAAGCCAUCACCUUCAAGGACCAUGCCAUCUUCAGUGCCACCCCCAACGGGCUGAAGGUCACUGUGGAAGACAACAAGACCCUGCAGGCCAAUGCCUUCAUUCAGGCUGAGAUCUUCCAAGAGUUCACCAUCAGGGAAGAUUCAGUGGGGUUUCAAGUCAACCUCACUGUUCUGCUGGACUGCCUCACAAUCUUUGGAGGAAGCACGGUACCAGGAGUGACCACAUCCCUGCGGAUGUGCUACAUGGGGUACGGCUACCCGCUGACCCUCUUCCUGGAGGAGGGUGGGGUGGUGACUGUGUGUAAAAUCAACACACAAGAACCUGAAGAGCCUAUCGACUUUGACUUCUGCAGCACUAACGUCACAAACAAGGUGAUCCUGCAGUCAGAGAGUCUGAAGGAAGCGUUCUCAGAGCUGGACAUGACCAGUGAGGUGCUACAGAUCACCAUGUCGCCCAGCCAGCCGUACUUCAGGUUGUCCACCUUUGGGAAUUCGGGAAAUGCUCACUACGAUUACCCAAAAGACUCAGACAUGGUGGAGCUGUUCCAGUGCACCAAGACACAGACCAGCAGGUACAAGAUGUCGCUGCUGAAGCCGUCCACCAAGGCACUGGCUUUAUCUUGCAAAGUGUCCGUGAGGACAGACAGCAGAGGCUUCCUGUCCCUGCAGUACCUCGUCAGGAACGAUGAUGGACAGAUAUGCUUUGUAGAAUAUUAUUGCUGCCCUGAUGAGGAGGUGCAGGAGGAGUGAUGACAGCCCUUCAAACUGGCUUUUAGAUGGAACAUGGUAUUUACCCCUGACAAGCACAAGAGUGAUAAGAGCAAAUGUCUGCUCUCUGUUUGAGAGCCCUUCACCCUUACAGUAGGAAUGGUGUUGGAAUUGCCGAGCACACCCAGCACUACACACUGUACAGUGUUAUGCUUCAUGAUUGUUUAUUUGCUAAUUAUAUUUCUAUUUGUCUGAACACACAUCCUAAGUUUUCAGUGAAUGUUGUAAAUAUUCCUAAUGCUUCUGCCUUUGGCCCUUUUGUAUGAUACAUGCUGAUAUUGUUGAGUUCUCUGACCCAAGAGUGAUUGGACAUGUCAGUUUGCACGUGUUGUGGCCAAAGCCUCUACUGUACAUGCCUUGACAUAUUUAAGUAAAAAAAAAGUAAUUAUUCUUUAA